AUGGGACAGCACCUGGCCUGGAGCCAGGAAGAUGGUUUGACCUCCAAGAAGAACACUCCAUUUGGGCAGGUAAAAAGGAAAAUGAUGAUGUCCAGGUUGUUAGCACUUUGGCUCCUUUGCUUGUCUUAUGCCUUUUCUGCAAGAAACCUUUCUUUGAGAUGCGUUCAAGACACUGAUGAGUUCCUUUGUGAUCUGAAUUCAGUGGUACCCAAGGCUCAUGCGAUAAAAAUGUAUGAUGCCACUGGGAAGGUGCAUAGCAACAUUCUGAAUGGGAAUAUGGACAUACUGGGAUUUUACAGUGAAUGCCUCUCGGCCAGACCUCCUAGGGAGCAUUUCCAUGGGCGAUACUGCAAACUACAGAUACAGCAGGAUGGAACUGGCUAUAGUAUUGGUUUGUGUGUUCCUGACUCCUUCACCAAGGAGGAUGUAGCUCUGAUGACUCAGUUAGAUAUUUUAAAAUUCAGGAAUGUAUUAUUUUUAGCCCCCUUCUACCCUUUAGCCCCCUUUCUAGACUUCUCUUUAAAUUCCACCUCCUCAACUUGGGGUACUGCCAGAUGUGCUCCUGAGCCUCUCCAACUUGAUGCAUUUGCUAGCCUGUGUCUGUGCAUCAGUUGGCUGUUCAUUGCUUUGCCAGUGGCUGGUACUCUCUACGUGGCAGCUGUGGGCUGGGAAGGAAAGCGUGGCGAAUUACCAUCUGCUGACUUACCCCUGGCCUCCUACGGGACUCUGUCUUUGGGUGAGACAGAGGGAGAUAAAUCAAGAAGAAAUAUUGGAUGGAUUGAGUCUCAGAGUAGCUCUUCACUAUCAGGAACCUGUGAUUAUAUCUCCUGCAGAAGAAAAACAUUCUUAGGAAUCUUGGACCGAUCUCUGAAAUGUUUUUCCUGGCAGAAGAACAUGCAUGCUGUCUGGACUCAGAAGCUACCUGAAGGGGCCUGCUCUACAUUAAAUGGCAUUCGAGUCUUGAGUCUUUUAUGGGUCAUUUCUGGACACACCAGUCAGAUGACCGCCUGGCAGUCUCUGGACAAUGUGCUUGCAUGGAAAACCAGAGUGCUUAAAAAUCUCCUCUACCUUUUUUCUUGAAGUGGUCCAUUCUACCUUGGAGUUGAUACAUUUUUCUUAAUCAGUGGCUGUUUAAGUGCAAGGUCAUUUUUAAAGCUGUACUGGAAUUACGAAAAAGGAGUAACCCCCAAAGUUAUACUGAGAUACCUUUUCAAUCGACUUCUGGACAGGCUGCGGUCACCAGGAAUUCUCGUCAAUACAGCCAGAGGAUGCCGGGAAGCUGCAUCGAGGUACAAUGGCUGGACAUGGUAUCUCACUGAUGAUUUCCAGUUCCAUCUUACAACACCCCUUGUGAUCUUCAUCUAUAGAAAAGGUAAGUAUGUCCUGAGAUUCCUGGGAGCUGUACUCUUCCUGACAUCCUUCGCCAUCACGCUUUCACUGGCUUGGAAACUUCCUGUUGCAUCCCCAUUAGAAGCAAGAGAACACGAAGCUGUCUUGUAUUUCUUGGAGUACUACAACAAGUCCUACUGCUGUUACAGACCUUUGCCCGUGUGCGUGAUGCUCAGUAUUUUCAUGCACCACAAUGACCAGGCUAAUAUUCUCAAGAGCAAGACACAGCCUCUUGCUGGGUGGCUUUGCUGCUUAGUCACCCUCUUAGCAGUAGUGUCUCUGCCAUGUUUAGUGGAUGAUUCCUUUGACACAGUGGCAGCUGCCCGCUAUCAGGCACUUCACUGGACUCUGUAGGCUGUUCCUGUGGGUUGGAUCAUUUUUGCAUGUCAAGAAGGCUAUGGAGGUCUGGUGAAUCAAGUGCUUUCUGGUGACAUUUGGAAUUUACUUGCCCACAUUAGUUACGCCUGCUACUUGGUACAUCUAAUGCUGAUCAUACUGUACAAUGGCCUUCAGGAAACUCUUAUUCACUACACUGACACCAACAUGGUGAGUUCUCUUGUUGGACACUGCUUUUUAACAUUUACCACUGGGCUGGUCCUGACUAUGUUUAUUAAGAAGCCCUUUCAAGAACUGAAGCAAUGUCUCCUUGGGCCAGUGACCACGAGUCAUCAGAAUGGAUGA